AUGAUUCAAAAUCAGGAUUUUCCUCCUGGAAGCGCAACGGUUUCCGUCUUCGCAUUGCCCACUGGCCAUUUAUAUCUCCCGGACCGUUGGCUUUUUGAAGAUGGCAGCAGUGAUAUGCUACGAGACCGACAGUACUCUCCUGACUUCAGCUUUCUCAUCAAGCACCCAAAAGGCAAGCUGUUAUUUGACUUAGGGCUCCGGAAGGACUUGGAUAAAAAUCCUCAAGUAAUUCAGAGCGACUACAAGUUUAUUGCUCCCGAGGUCGAGCAAGACGCCCAAGAGCUCCUUGACGGAGGACCCGAGCAGUCUGACUCGAUCACAGCUGUAAUCUUGAGUCAUCUACACUUUGACCACACAGGUGACUGUACCAAAUUCCCCAAUGCAGAGCUCGUCGUUGGUCCUGGGAGUCGCGCCGCUGUUACUCCAGGGUGGCCCGAAGCAGCUGACUCGCCGUUCGAUGGCUCUGUCCUUAGCCAUCCGCACUUUCGAGAGCUGGACUAUGAAAAAGAUGACUGGGAACCACUAGGCCCAUUUUCGCGAGCAAUUGACUAUUUUGGUGAUGGGAGUUUCUAUUUGAUUGAUGCCCCUGGACAUAUGGACGGACAUCUUGGGGCUCUUGCUCGAACUGAUAGUGAUGAGUGGAUAUUCAUGGGUGGUGAUUGCUGUCAUCACCGAUCUCUACUUGCCGGGACCAGGCCAAUGAGCGUCACAGUAGGCCCAGGCAUUGCUCCCAGCUUUCAUCGCUACCCGGACAUGGCCAGAAAUACUAUUCGGAGAGUUCGCGAGAUUGAAAAGCAAGGUUCCGUUCUGGUUGCUCUGGCCCACGAUGCAAGACUGGAUGGCCUCAUGCCACUGUACCCGCAUCCUCUCAAUAACUGGAAAGGAAGUCAGUGGAAGCAGACCCUCGACCAGAGCCUGGAAAAGGACUAUCCAAUGGAAUAUAUCGUGGGGAAGUAG